AUGACUGAAGCCACUGAAGUGGGUGUGAAAAAUUUCAGUUCAAAACAAAAAGUUGAAGUGGAGUUGGAUCAAAGCAAAGAGCGUGUUCGACGCCUGGAAAUCGACAUCGAGAAGCUUUUGGCCGAGAACAAAACGCUGCACGAGAACGAGGACAAGGCACGUCUGGCGCUCAAGGAUGAGAUCGAAAAAGUGCGCAGACUCGAGCGCGAACUUCAGGACGCCAAACACGAGAUCGAUGAACUGAAACGACGUUUGAAUUUACUGGAUCAAGAGAAUAAACAGCGUCUCGAGAGUGCACUUCAAACUCGACGAUCCGACACUGGUAACGGAACUUGUUCGCAAUCUUAA